GGAUACACUAUUGCAGCAGCUAUAAGUAUGAUAGCGAUUCAACGGACGAGUUGCCAACAGACUAAUGGGGAAGAUGCUCCAUGUCCCGUCAAUGGCAAUCCCUACAUGAUUGCAUUCGGUGUUUCACAAAUCAUAUUUUCUCAGAUUCCGGAUAUUGAUCAGUUAUGGUGGCUGUCCAUUGUCGCGACAGUCAUGUCUUUCGGUUACUCGACCAUCGGGCUUGGCCUCGGUAUCUCCAAAGUGGUAGAGAACAAAGAAGUGAAGGGUACUCUUACUGGAGUUAGCAUUGGGACAGUGACACCGGAACAGAAAGUUUGGAGAACCUUUCAGUCUCUUGGAAACAUUGCUUUCGCCUACUCUUACUCGAUGAUUCUCAUCGAAAUCCAGGACACGGUUAAAUCACCGCCUUCAGAAGAAAACACGAUGAAAAAAGCGACAAUAAUAAGUGUGGCAGUGACGACACUCUUCUACAUGCUCUGUGGCUGUGUAGGGUAUGCAGCAUUCGGGGACUCCGCGCCCGGAAAUCUCCUCGCUACUGGAGGGUUUAGAAACCCGUUUUGGUUGCUUGACAUAGCCAAUAUCGCCAUAGUGGUCCAUCUAGUCGGUGCUUACCAAGUUUAUUGCCAACCACUGUUUUCGUUUGUCGAAAAGGAAGCUUCCAGGAGGUAUCCAGAGAGUAGUUUCAUCACAAACGAGAUAAAGAUCCAUCUUAUUCCAGGGAAGCCCUUCAAUUUGAAUCUAUUCAGGCUCGUGUGGAGGACGAUCUUCGUUAUGACUACAACGUUAAUCGCAAUGCUAAUGCCUUUCUUUAACGAUGUACUCGGUCUCUUGGGGGCCGUUGGUUUUUGGCCUUUAACGGUUUAUUUCCCUGUGGAAAUGUACAUUGCACAGAAAAAUGUUCAGAGAUGGGGCACAAGGUGGGUUUGUCUAAAAGUCUUGAGUUUGGCCUGUCUUGUCGUCUCUGUAGCCGCGGCUGCAGGAUCAGUAGUUGGCAUUGUCAGUGAUCUCAAGGUCUACAAGCCUUUCCAUACGGAUUUCUGAGAUCUUAAGUGAAAAUAAACUCCUGCUGAAAGGAUUAAGAUUAGAAUUGAAUGUUUUAAUGUUAUCUUUGUAUUACUUAAAUUAACUUUGUACAAGUGUUCAAUACCAAAUCGUGUUUCUGCUG